CGGCGCGUCGUGGCGGGACCGGGCGGCAGCGGCGGGGCCGGCGGCGGCCAGGAACCCGGGCUUAGGCUCGGCCGUGCCGGCUGAGGACGCAGGCCGCCAGCGGGCGGCGGGCGCCGUCAUGAACGCGGCGGUGGUGAGGCGGACGCAGGAGGCGCUGGGGAAGGUGAUACGGAGGCCGCCGCUGACAGAGAAGCUGCUGAGCAAGCCCCCGUUCCGCUACCUGCACGACAUCAUCACGGAGGUGGGCACCGGGGCCCGGGCCCGGCCAGGUGAUUAGAAUGACUGGUUUCAUGAAAGGCCUCUACACAGACGCCGAGAUGAAGUCUGAUAAUGUGAAGGAUAAAGAUGCAAAAAUUAGCUUCCUACAAAAGGCCAUAGACGUGGUUGUAAUGGUGUCGGGAGAGCCACUGUCGGCCAAACCAGCCCGAAUCGUGGCUGGGCAUGAGCCUGAAAGAACAAAUGAGCUGCUCCAGAUAAUUGGGAAAUGCUGUCUCCACAAGCUCUCCAGUGACGAUGCGGUACGGAGGGUUUUAGCUGGAGAGAAGGGAGAAGUGAAAGGCCGGGCCUCACUGACCUCAAGAUCUCAGGAAUUGGAUAAUAAGAAUGUGCCAGAAGAAGAGUCCAGAGUUCACAAAAAUACAGAGGAUAGAGGAGACUCUGAAAUAAAAGAGAGAAGUGCAAGCAGAGAUCGAAAACAGAAAGAAGAACUGAAAGAAGACAGCAAGCCAAGAGAAAAGGACAAGGACAAGGGGAAGGCCAAGGAGAAUGGCGGAAACAGACACAGAGAAGGGGAGAGAGAGAGAGCCAAAGCCCGGGCCAGGCCAGACAGUGAGCGACAGAAAGACAGAGGCAACAGGGAGCGGGACAGAGACUCCGAGCGUGAGAAGGAGACAGACAGAAAGAGUGAGAGGGGAAAAGAGAAGGAGAGACUGAGAGACAGGGACCGAGAGCGCGACCGAGACAAAGGGAAGGACAGGGACAGACGGAGAGUGAAAAACGGGGAGCACUCCCGGGACCUGGACAGGGAGAAGAACAGAGAGCAUGACAAACCCGAGAAAAAGUCAGCAAGCUCAGGGGAGAUGUCUAAAAAGUUGUCAGAUGGAACUUUUAAAGACUCCAAGGCUGAAACAGAGACUGAGAUUUCCACUAGAGCAUCCAAGUCAUUGACAACAAAAACAACAAAACGGCGAUCCAAAAAUUCAGUGGAAGGAACAAAAGAAGCUAAUAUUAAGUCAACUAGUAUUUCAGAUGAUAAUUCAGCUAGUCUGCGGUGUGAGAAUACUGAGCCCGACCCCGCAGAGAAGCAGAAAGGUGACUCCACCAGUGAUGCAGAAGGAGAUGUUGGACCUGCUGGCCAAGAUAAGACUGACAUGCCAGAGACUCCAGGAAUUCCUAAUGAGCUUUCAUCCCACAUCAGAAGAAUUCCUCGGCCUGGGAGUGCAAGACCAGCCCCUCCCCGGGUCAAACGGCAAGACAGCGCAGAGGCGUUACCAACAGAUAGAUCAGGGAGUGGUAAAACCGUCUCAAAUGUGAUUGUAGAGUCGCACAAUUCUGACAAUGAAGAGGAUGAUCAAUUUGUGGUGGAAGCUGCACCUCAGCUCUCUGAAAUGUCAGAAAUUGAAAUGGUAACAGCAGUGGAACUAGAAGAAGAGGAGAAGCAUGGUGGACUUGUGAAAAAAAUUUUGGAGACGAAGAAACAUUAUGAGAAAUUGCAGCAGUCACCCAAACCUGGGGAGAAGGAGCGAUCUCUCUUUGAGUCGGCAUGGAAGAAGGAGAAGGACAUCGUUUCCAAGGAGAUAGAGAAGCUCCGCACGUCCAUCCAGACCUUGUGCAAGAGCGCACUUCCCCUGGGGAAGAUCAUGGACUACAUCCAGGAAGACGUGGAUGCCAUGCAGAAUGAGCUGCAGCUGUGGCACAGCGAGAACAGGCAGCACACCGAGGCCCUGCAGCAGGAGCAGAGUAUCACAGACUGUGCUGUGGAGCCCUUAAAGGCUGAGCUUGCGGAGCUGGAGCAGCUGAUCAAAGACCAGCAAGACAAGAUCUGCGCUGUGAAGGCCAACAUCCUCAAGAAUGAAGAAAAAAUCCAGAAAAUGGUGUAUAGUAUCAAUUUGACUUCGAGAAGGUGAACACUCAAAAGUUUCAGAGAUGAAAAGUCACCUCAGUUUAAAAGCAUAAAGGAAGAUAGAAAAUCAUUACUCUUUUAAGUUCCAGUUUGCUAAGGAAAUGAACAGUUUACAAUGUUACUAUCCAGCUAAUUUUCAGAGCUUUAAAACUGUAAGCAUGUUAAGUGUAUUAAAAAAACCAUGUUUUCUUACCUCCUUCCAGAUGGAAUACUGGCUAGUUAUAAAUAGCGCUUCCAAACACUUCUGUGAAAAGUUUUUUUGAAAGCCUGUUCUUUGUGUUUCUGCUGUAACCUGUUUAGUUCUGUACCAGAACUCUCUAGCAGGUAAGUGGUGUGGGCAUACCAAGGGAACAGUAGUCCUUUAUUUUGGUUUAGUGGAAAGACUUUCAGAGGUCAAUGCAGAAUGAAGGAUGACUGUAUAUGUUUUGAUAGGCACUUGAUAAGUAGAAUGAGGCCUGAAAAUGAAUAAAUUAUAUUUUUAGUUAAUUUCCAUUUGAAAGGGCUAAUCUCAGCCUGUCUCCAUAUAAGGUACCGAUCUACUGGAUUGUUUUCGUUUUUGUUUUUUGACCUCUUUGUAAUUGCAUGUACUUCUCUAUGUAAUUUUCUUCUUGAUCUCUACUAUCUUUUGCUUGUGUUUCUAGUCCUUAAAGUUCAUAAAUUUAAAAAGGAGAUUUCAGGAUGGCCUUAACAGACAUUGGAUAUGAAAUUGUCUUGGGCUACAUCCUCACUUUCUUCAGCAUUUUGCCCUGGUUUUCCUCAGGCAGAGGCUAGCACAGCUACCCUUGAGUCCUUGUUCUCCUUAAGAGGAUCUUGCUCUGCGAGGCACUGGCAUCAUGUCUUUUCCUUUGCAUGGGUGUGCACACCUGAGAGACAGGUAGCUUAGGAAAAAUGACAUAAGGAAGACUUACAAGGCUGCACUGAUUUACGAUGUUUUUUGAUGUUAGCCAUUUUUUUGGAAAUUGUUUUUUAAAGCAAAAGUUUUUUAAAAAACAUAGUUUAUAGUUUUUCACUUACAUAUACUAUUGUAAAUACAUAGCAGAGUCUUAAGUUAUUGUAUACAACAUUUCAUUGUGUUUGAAGACAUACUUAUGGGUCUUAAGGUCUGGGUCCUAAUACUUUUAUUUUUAAAUAGUGUGUUUAUUAUGUAAACUAAGGAGUGCCAUUUAAAAUGUGAGGAUUGCCUGAAAAGGUUUUGUUUCUUUUUUUUUUUUUUGAGAUGGAGUCUUACUCUGUCACCCAGGCUGGAGUGCAGUGGCACGAUCUCAGCUCACUGCAAUCUCAUCCUCCCAAGUUCAAGUGAUUCUCUUGCCUCAAACUCCUGAGUAACCAGGACUACAGGCGCACGCCACCACGCCCGGCUAAUUUUUGUAUUUUUAGUAGAGAUGGGGUUUCACCAUGUUGGCCAGGAUGGUCUUGAUCUCCUGACCUCGUGAUCCGCCCGCCUCAGCCUCCCAAAGUGCUGGGAUUACAGGCAUGAGCCACAGCACCCUGCCAGGUUUUGUUUCUUUAAGGAUUAGCACAAAUGGCACUGUUGGGUUUUUCUUCAUACAAUUUCCAAAAUAAAUUCUGUACUAAGGUUGUUAUAUGACUUUCUGAGCUGAAUAAGUUCGGGAGCAGAUUAUUAAGAUCUGCCAUUCUGAAAUGUUGGUCUUUUUCUCCUUCCUAUAGUGCACCAUAAAAUUCUGUUUGAUCAGAUUAUACUGAAUACAUUUUGGGGGAGUGGAGGGACAUUAGUUAAGUAGUCCUUUGUGUAUUUAUAAUCUCUUUUCUACUGAAUCAAAUGACUUAGCCAUGACCCUGAAUGGACCUUGUUUCACUUCAAGUUAAGAUGUCUGCCUUUUAUGAAUUUGUAUAUAUGAAUAGAACUUGGGGAUUGCAAAAAAUUGCAUACAUUGUAUGUAAGUAAAAUUUUUUAUGAAGUAGUCUGUCAAAUUGUAUCAUAAAGUUUAUUUUUCUUUUAUACGUAAAUCAUUAAAAAUAAUCACAUAUUUUUUUCCAUAA